AUGACACUCUAUUACCGUUAUGACAACAAGUCUCCCGCGUCGCCGUCACUGGCUUCAGCUUACGGCCCGACAGGGAAGGCUUCCGUUGUAUACUCUGUCUGCUUGUUGGCAAUUACGCUGAUUCUCUCCGCCAACAAAUCUGCACAGAGGACCCUCACCAACGAGACCAAGCAUAUGCUGCCUGCCGCUCUGAAGGACGACAACGCCGACUCUAAUCCUCCAUUCGUUAGUGACACCACCAGCUCUGUUGCGCCUCAGUCUGUCGAACCAUUUCAUUUGCAGCCAUUUUCGUCUCCGCCUCCAUCGCGUUCAAUCGAAUCGACGGAAACAGUAUCCGCCCCAAAUUCUACUUGCACGCCUAAUGACAACAUCGCCUCCGCUACGCAUAAGCCUGUCGAACUGUAUCAUUUGCAGCCAUCUCCGACUUCAUCUCACUUCGCCGGACCUCUAUUGCAAAAGCCUGUUUAUCGAUUCCAGCACCACUCUCACUUCGCCGGACCUCCAUUACAGAUGUCUGUUUAUCUAUUCCAGCACCACUCCUGUACUUCAUGA